AUGCUGCAAUCAAUAUUCGAUACGCCAGAUUUGUAUGGAUCACAGCUGGACUGGCGUGGAUACACAGUGCAUGAUGCAGCAAAUGUCAUGAAGCGAUUUCUCAAUUUCUUGCCAGAGCCAGUCGUUACAUUGGAAUACUAUCGAAAAUUCAAAGACACGACUCUUGCAGAAUACCCAAAUUUAGAUCAAAAAAUUCAAGCGAUUCAAGGAGUCAUUGAAUGUCUUCCUAUAGCUCACCAAUAUCUCUUACUGUAUCUACUCGACUUGCUUGGCAUGUUUGUCACUGCGCAAGAAUACACUCGAAUGGAUACUGCAUGUUUGGCUUCUGUAUUUGCGCCUGGCAUUUUAUCUCACCCUGACGAUCAAUUAAACCCUGCUGGUUAUUUUGAGUCUCAACGAGUGCUGUCAUUUUUAAUAGAAAAUCAAGAAAGGUUCUCUAUGCCGAGAUCAAAUACUAUCACGACAACACUAGAUCAGAGCAACGUUAAUAAUGUCAUACCACGAUCCAGUAAUCAGGUAGCAGCUGUACCACAAAAAACUUUCAAUACAGCAAAGAAAGAGGAACGUCCAAAGCUCACAGAGCAACGUGAAUCUACUAUUUAUUCCCUAGUCGCAGGUUCUUAUUCAGGGUCAGGUAUUGAAUCUAUUCUAGACGCAGAUCUGGAAUUACCAGAACCCACAGUGACCUUACGGAGAAGCAAAACCGCACCCAGCCGACGAGACAAGUAUGGCUCACAUGAACCACAGCAGAUUGUGCAUGUAAAUCGUACGUCAAGCCAAGGUAGUAGAAGAGGAGGCUUUCUGAGAGCAACACCAAUUGGGUCACCCAUUUAA